AAAAUCCGUGAUUUACUGAACUGGUCGCGUGCAACACUUGCGCAGAGCAACACCCUUCCUUGGCUGUUCUGUUUUGAUCCGCUCCUUGGUUUCACGGUCAUUGUAGAACAUCUAACGAAAAAUGCAGUCGCUGAGUAACGCUCACGCUCGCUCGCUGGGCUCUGCGCCGGUGCGAUUGGGAGGUCGCGCCAGCCGCGCUCGCCUCAUCGUCCGUGCCGCUGGCCCCGAAGGCCGCGCGCUGGCUGAGGGCGACCUGAUUCUGGUGGCUGGAGCCACCGGCGGCGUGGGCCAGUUGGUGACGGCCAAGCUGCUGGAGAGGGGCUUCCGUGUGCGUGCUGUGGACCGCGCCCGCAAGAACCGCAGCGCCGCGGCCCAGCUGUUCCCGGGCAGCGACAUCGAGGUGUUCCCUGCGGACCUGCGCGACCGCUCCACUAUGGUUGGCAUCACGCAGGGCGUGGCGGCCGUGUGCUGCUGCACCGGCACCACCGCAUUCCCAUCCUCCAGGUGGGAGGGCGAGAACGGCCCGCGCAACACGGACUGGGUGGGCACCAGCAACCUGAUCGACUCCACGCCCUCCACCGUCAAGCGCUUUGUGCUGGUGACCAGCGUGGGCGUGGAGCGGUACACGGAGUUCCCCUUCGCCAUCCUCAACUCCUUCGGUGUGCUCAAGUACAAGCGCGACUCGGAGCGGCACCUGGAGGCGUCCGGCCUGCCCUACACCAUCAUCCGCCCCGGCCGCCUCACGGACGGCCCCUACACCAGCUACGACCUCAACACGCUGCUGCAGGCAACCGCCGGCACUCGGCAGGCAGUGCAGCUGUCGGCGCGGGACGACCAGCGCGGCGAGGCUUCGCGCAUUGCGGUUGCCGAGGCUGUGGUGCAGAGCCUGCUGCUUCCCUCCACGUCCAACCACUACUACAGCGUCUGCAGCACGGACGGCGAGGGGCCGGGCAAGGACUCUGCGGCUUGGGAGCGCCUAUUCGCGCAGUGCCACUCCGCGGGCGCAGCCAGCACCGCGAUGGUGUGAGGGGCAGGGCGUGGGCUGCGGACUGUGGGCUUGGGUCACAAGCGACCGGACUGACGGGACUGCGGGCAUCAACCAUGGGCACGACCUGGCAUGAACGGAACUGUGCCUGUGAAGGGUCGCCGCAACAAGUUUUGGCUGUGAUGAAAUGGUGCGUUGUGUUGGGUGCAGUCCAGGCACAACCCCACCCGAAGUUUGUGCGUCAGGCUGCUGCUGGCAUCAGGGCGGGCUAUCAGGGGGGACAGCAGGACGUGAAGCAGUUUGCACCUGAGCGUAUGCAUGCUAUGUUGUAUCAGUUGAGUGCGGAUGCAGAACGAGUGUGCGCCGGGGAGGAGAGUGCGGCCAGCGGCGGGCAUGCAGCAACCCGCAGGUACAGUUGCCAGGAGAAAGCAAGCUUAAGUUUUUGCGGCAGGUGCAAUUUUGGCCUGGGUGCGCCUUGAAUUUUGAUGGACAUAACAGAUCAAGGGCUUUCCAGUACAGCACAUUUAGCAAUGUUUAGGAUACAUGGCGUGUCUGGCGGCGGCGCGGAGGAUUAGGGACCGGUACCGUACGCAUGUGUGCGCUGAGACGUUUCGAGCAGGGCCCGUUUCAUGAACACACGAAGCUUAUAGAAGGGUAAUGGCUGUAUGGUUUCGAACUUGGACCGCAUUGCAUCAUGCUGCAUGUGGUUUGCGUCAGUGGCAGGUGGAACGACAUCACUGAAGGAACG